AUUGUUAGCAAAUAGGAACGAUGUUUCAUUUUAUUUUACGUGUAACUACUAAAAAAAUUAAAAUAUAAAAAGUAGAUUUAAAAAAAAAAAUCUUUAAAUUCAUUUUGCUUUUUCUCUAUUUGUAAUAUCUAAAGAUAAUACGGAGUUAUUAUAGGUCAUGAAACGAAUUAUAUUUCAGUUGUUUGCUGCAUUUGUUGUUAUUAAUUUUAUCAAAUCGGAUAUUGAAAUAAGCUCUGAUGCGUUUCGCGUUUUUCAUCAAGAACAAAUAACAACACGAGAAAACUAUAUUAAACUUCGGUUCAAAACAAUUGAAGCGACAGGCUUAAUUAUGUUAGCUCAAGGAGCUGAUAAGGAGCGCUUUUUGUCAAUGGAAUUGUUCAGGGGAAAAAUAAGAAUUGCGGCAAACUUUGGAAACGGACCUUUAAAUCAACUUCGUCCUGUAAAUGGAUUUUAUGAAAUGUAUCUUGGAAUAGAUCUGGCUGAUAACAAAUGGCAUACUGUAGAAUUUAUACGAAACGUGAGAGACAAUAUUAUUUAUAUAGACCGUGGUCGAGGAAAAAUGGAAAAGUAUUCUUUUGUUCUUUCGCCACCUACUUAUAUUGAGUUACCUAUCUCAAUGAUAACGUUUGGUGGAUAUUACUCGUUCCAGGCUUCUGAAAUAAGCAUGCAAAAAUCUUUAUCACGUAAAGGGAUUAAAGCUUGCUUUAACGAAGCUGUUUUUAGUCAACAUUUGCCAGAAACUAAUGGUAAAACUUACGACUUUUUAGUUAUGAAUUCUCCUAACUAUAAGCAUAUAGGGGAACCGGCUAUACCUUGUGCUGACUUACAAUAUUCUCCGUUGUAUUUUCCUUCAUCUGCUGUUCAUAUUGCUUUCACACAAAACUAUACAAUACAGUCGAUGAAAAUCUCUUUGAAAUUUCGAACUGUUAUAAACGAGCAAAUACUUGCAAACUAUACUACAAUAGAUACAGGUGAUAUGAUCCAGUUAAUUAUUGACAGAAAAGGACGAGUUGGAGUUAGUGUUGGAUUUAAAGGAAAUAUUCAGAUCAUUCAAACGGCAACAGAAAACUAUCAUGAUGGACAGUGGCACAACGCAUCUUUUGAAAUCGACAAUGUUCCUGCAACUGAUGGUACGUAUAUUAUCAAGUUUACAGUUGAUGGAAAAACAAGACUAUCAAAUUUAAACAAUGUUUUUUAUUUUAAUGGAUAUAUAAAUAUUGGAUUUGGUUUCACUGGAUGCAUGAGAGACAUAAAAAUUAAUGAUGAUGAUAUUAAAAGUGUACGAAAAGAUUUAAAAGAUACAAAGCAUUUUUUUACUUACAACGAUGAAGGUGUUGUGUAUAACUCGUGCACAUUAAAAGAUUAUUGCAAUCCAAAUCCAUGUCAAAACGGCGCAAGCUGUAAUCAGACGGAAGAUAAUAUAAAGUGUGAUUGCCAGAAUACACUAUACGAAGGUUCUACAUGUCACAGGCCUCGUUUUAACUACACAUGUGCUGGUGUAAAAAAAUCAGGAGAAAAAAGAAGCGAUGUUUAUUAUAUUGAUUUUGAUGGCAUGGGACCAAUGCAGCCUGUUCUGGCUCUGUGUAUUCUUGGUAGAACUAUUGAAAGUAGUAUAACUCAAAUAAACAAUACAAAUUACAACGAUAAAGAUGUCACUACUGCUUCAGGAAAAAAUAACUUUGACAUUGAUUAUGCAGCAAACAUAGUCCAGAUGAGAGAGCUAAUCUUAAAUAGUGCUUAUUGUGAACAGUAUAUUAAAUACACGUGUUUAGGAACUCCAAUAUUUAGAUCUCCCGAAGGUCCACCUUCUGUUCGUUGGAUGGGAGGUGAUGACAUUCUUCAUUACUAUUGGGGAGGAGCAAAAAAUAAUCGUGGUUAUUGUGCAUGUGGUCUUGACCAAACAUGUUUUAACGUAGGUAAAUAUUGUAAUUGUGAUGAUUUAAGUGCGUACCAAAGUCUUGUUGAUGAUGGUAAUUUAACAAUAAAAGAGCAUCUUCCAGUUCGUCAAGUUCAAUUUGAUCAAGUCUUAAAGGGCUCUGUCACGGCUCAACUACGAGUUGAUCAUUUAAGAUGUACUGGAUCAGGUGCAAGAGAAGUAGCAGCUACUUUUAGAAAGCCAUAUUCUUUUUUAUCAGUCUACUUUCCUGAUCAGCCAUUUGACAAUAUAUAUGCAGGUGGUGUAUCUUUUGAAUUCAAAACUUCGGUUGCCUAUAAUUAUCUAACUUUGGUAAAUGCCUAUGGACCAUUUUCUGGAGAUUACCUCAAAAUAAUGAUAUGGUCUAGAACCCUGAUACGAGUGCUUUUAAACUUUGGUUUUGGAGAAAUUAAACAAGAUGUUGACAUUGAAAAAAUUGGUAGGUACAUUGAUGAUAAUGAAUGGCACGAAUUUGAUUUAAUGUUCAAUAUGAAAGAAGUUAAUGUAACACUUGAUGGCAUUCUUAUGAUACACGGAUUACCUCUACAAGAUGAUCCGGUUCAACUUAAUGUAGAUGGAAGACCAAUGUAUAUAGGUGGCAGUUAUUACGAUGAGUAUGGGUUCGUUGGUUGUAUACGUAGUCUGUAUAUCAAUGGACGGAUUUCUAAUAUUCACCACAUUGCUGAAGGACAAGAAGAUUACGGUGUAUACCCAGGGUGUGGUUCUGCAUGCAUUUUAUUAAACAAACCAUGCAAUUAUGGAGAAUGCAUAGAUUAUUAUAAUGCUUUUCAAUGUAAUUGUUCAAUAUCGCCGUACGACGGAAAAUAUUGCCAAAACGAAACAUAUCCAAUGAAAUUCUCAGGGGAUCAAUUUAUAUCAUAUGACCUACUGAAAGCCAAUAAUAGUGUUAACGAUUCCGUAGCAACUGCCACGUUUGUUAUAGGUUUUAAAACUACCGAAGAAAACGUAGUACUAGCUCAAUUAAGCGGACGUAAUGGACGUCACAUUUCUCUUGCAUUAUCUAGUGGAUAUUUGACAUUAUUUUAUUCCUUCAAAAAUAAAAUUACCCUUUCAAAUGGACUUAUUGCAGAUACAGAAACUCGAACUCUGACUAUUUUAGAACGCAAAUUAAGCAAUAAUCAACACAACGUAGCAAGAGUCAAGUUUUCCACAAAUGAAGUGUACCUGAGUGUGCCAAAUUAUGAUUUAAAAGUUAGUGAAAAUAUUAUUGAGCGCUACAUUGAUGAAAAUAACAAAAAUUUAGGUACCGCAAUUGAUACCUUUGGAGUAGCAACUAGUUUUAGAGUUGGAAAAAUUAUUAACAACGGAAUAAAGGCGGAUCCUUUUUUAUUAUCUACUUCGUUCGUUGGGUGCAUGAGUGGAGCUAAAUUAGUAAUUCAUCCUCUUCCAAGCGCAACAAUGCGUUUUCAAACAACUGUCGAAUUUGACUUGUUUAAGCAAAUACAAAUGAAACCUGCCACGUCAGACUCUGACUCUAAUCCGUCUGGACAAUUUCCCACUCCUACUUCUAAUUGUGGUCCAGAAAUGCCAAUUCCAGGUGAACUGCCAACAGUUGGACCUAAAAGACAAUUUUUUACGCUUUCGCCAGGAUUAGACAAUUCAAUACAUUUAACAAAAGUAAACACUCGAGUAAUCCUUUUCAUUAUUUCUCUAAUUCUAAUUGUUUUGUUGUUUGGACUAUUUUAUGUUAUAUAUAUUUGGCUAGAAAAAAUUUCAGUUCGAUAUAAUAAACUUAAACAGAACACUAAAACAACAAAUCCAGCAGGUAGUUUUCAACAAAGAAGUUUAAAUAUGUUUUUAUGAGAUUUUGUUAUUUUGGUUUUAUAAGGCUUUGUAGAAAGUAAUUUUAUAUAAUUUUUUAAAAAAACUUUUUUUUUUAAUACUGUAAAAAUUCUUUUUUAUAUUUGUUACUAGUAUUUGUUUUCUUAAUAGUUUAAAAAAAAAACUACUUGUGUACUUUACAACAGCUAAUUGUGUACUUUACAACAGCUUCUUGUGUACUUUACAACAGCUACUUGUGUACUUUACAACAGCUACUUGUGUACUUUAGAUUACUCUGUACUUUACUGUGUUUUAUUUCUUCCAGGAAUAUUUUAUAAAUAUCAAGUAAAGCUAUAUA